AUGUCUUCUCCACAGCAGCGGUUAUCGUCCAUCACAAACCAGCUAUCACCCGCUGGUGUUUCGGCUGCCAAGGCCAAGAUUCUCGCGAAGAACCCCGAUGAUGUGGUCAUCACCUAUCUCGCGCGCACGCCACUCACCAAGGCCCGCAAGGGUGGCUUCAAGGACACCACCGUCGACAACCUCCUAAUCUCCCUGCUCACGGCUGUCCGGGAAAACUCUAAGAUCGACCCCAACCUCGUCGAGGAUGUCUCCGUCGGUAACUGUCUUGCCGCCGGCUCAGCCUACUUGGCUCGCUCCGCCGUUCUAGCCGCCGGCUUUCCCGUGAGCACCGCCGCCUCCGUCUCAAACCGCUUCUGCUCGUCCGGUCUGCUCGCGAUCCAAAAUAUCGCGAACCAGAUCAUCGCGGGCUCCAUCGAUGUCGGUAUCGCGGUAGGCGCUGAGAGCAUGAGCACCAACGCCGACGGCGGCGCCCCGGAGAUGGCAGAGCGGAUUCAGACGCAUCCGCUCGCCUCGCAGAACUACCAGCCCAUGGGCCAGACCUCAGAGAACGUGGCAUCGCAGUUCGGCAUCACCCGCGAGCAGCACGAUAAGUUCGCCGCGGGCAGCUACCAGAAGGCCGAGCGUGCCCAGAAGGCGGGUUGGUUUGAGGAUGAGAUCGUGCCCAUUAAGACCCAGAUCAAGGAUCCCAAGACCGGGGAGGUGAAGGAUAUUGUGGUGGAUCGUGAUGAUGGUAUCCGCUAUGGCACGACCCCCGAGUCCCUCGGCAAGAUCCGCGCUGCUUUCCCGCAGUGGCAACCUAGUGCCACGACCGGUGGCAAUGCUAGUCAGAUUACGGACGGUGCCGCUGCGCUGCUUCUGAUGAAGCGGUCGCAGGCCCAGAAGCUGGGCCAGCCCAUUGUUGGCAAGUUCUGCGGUGCUACUGUUGCUGGCCUGGAGCCCCGAAUCAUGGGUAUUGGCCCAUCCAUCGCUAUCCCUAAGAUUCUGGGCAAGCUUGGCUUAAACAAGGAUGAGAUCGAUGUCUUUGAGAUAAAUGAGGCUUUUGCUUCCAUGGGCGUCUACUGUGUGGGCAAGCUGGGCCUGGAUGAGGCCAAGGUGAACCCUCGUGGUGGUGCUAUUGCCUUCGGCCACCCUUUGGGUGCUACCGGUGCCCGACAGGUUGUCACUGCCUUGGCCGAGCUGCGGCGCCAGAACAAGCGCGUUGCUGUGACCUCGAUGUGUGUGGGAACCGGCAUGGGUAUGGCCGGUGUGUUUGUUUCCGAGCACUAG